AUUAUAACAAUAAUUCUGUUUAUCAUUCAGUCAAUACUCGAUUCCUAAAAAUAAAAUUAGGAACUCGAGUAAAAUAAUAUAAAUAACGUAAAGAAAGUCUAAAUAUAAACACUAGUGUGAAGAAAAUAAGUCUGUGAAUAAUUGAGUUUACAAUGAUAAUAAUUUUUUAAAUAUUCAAACUCAUCUUAAUCAAUGUCUGCCGAUCAUUAGUAAUUAAUAAUUAAUAUUAAAUAAAAUGUACGACCUCGAAUUAGUGUGUCAAGGAUUUUAAUUUAAAUAAUGACUGUGUAAUAUUUAAAAAAUAAAAAGAACAAAUAAAUUAAGUCACAAUGACUCCAGACAGAAAAAGAAGUUCGUCAGUUAGUUUCACACCUGGACGUGAUGAUAACGAUAAGGAUGAAAUCCAGAUAUCAUUGGCGCCGUACAUACAAAAUUAUUUAGCACACAGUAGACAAGGUGCUGGAUGUUGUGGUAUAGGUCUUCCGAUACCCUUUGAAAGAGCAGCAAGGCAAUCAUGGUGGAACCCCAAAUUUGAUUCCGAAAUCCUGGAGGACCAGUACAGAAGAAGCGCUUUUCCACAACUACGUUUACGUUUCAGAUACGCAUUGCUCUAUAUUCUUCUGAUAUCCCUGUCCUGGCUGAUCUACUUCACAGUAACGGGACUGGAAAAUAAUAAUCCGUCAACAUGGCCGACGUCUUUGAUAAUAUUUACAACAAUAAUAAUAACAAUGUCAUCAGCACUGUACCUGACAUACACGAAAUACUACCGGUCGAAUAUGAUGGCGACAUCACUGGUAGUAUCCAGCUUGCUCUGUGUCCUGUCAUUGACAUUCCUGGUCCUGGUACCUCCAGCAAGUGGGCUCACUCUUGUCGGACACUUUGCGCUGUGCGGAGAAAUAUUGUUACUUAUUUACACAGUGAUACCGCUGCCAUUGUACGCAAGUAUUGGUCUCUGUACCUUGUAUUCAAUUUUAUUUGAAGUACUGACGGCUAAUUUGUAUUACAAGACUCCAUACUCGAGUACAGAAAGCAACGGGAGAACUUCGACGAUUGAUUUCAACACGACGUUAAUUAUAAGAAUACUGAUGCAGAUAUCAAUUCAUAUUAUUGGUGUUCAUAUUUUGAUAAUGACGUUCGUGAGAAUGAGAGGGACUUUUAUGAAGGUGGGACAGUCAUUGCUGGUGAGAAAGCAGCUGGAGAUGGAGAAACAGUUGAAAGAAAAAAUGAUUCACUCGGUGAUGCCGCCAAAAGUCGCUGACUGGUUGAUGGAAGAGAGCGAGCGUGAAAGAGAGCGAGAGGACUCGCUGAAAAAGGGCUCGAUACCUUCGAAUAAUACUGCAGACAUCAGGUCGCUCUUCCGUCCGUUCAACAUGCACUCGAUGGAAGACGUCAGUAUUUUGUUCGCCGACAUCGUCGGGUUCACGAGAAUGAGUUCGAACAAAACGGCAGAGGAACUCGUUGACAUUUUGAAUGAUUUGUUCGAGAGAUUUGACGACCUCUGUGUCCAGCAUGGCUGCGAAAAAAUAUCUACGCUUGGUGAUUGUUAUUAUUGUGUCAGCGGAUGUCCGGAGCCGAGGUCAGACCACGCGAGAUGCUGCGUAGAAAUGGGACUGGCGAUGAUUGAAGCCAUCAAUCAGUUCGAUAUCGAGAGGAGAGAAGGUGUCAACAUGAGAGUUGGUGUCCACACUGGGACUGUGCUCUGUGGGAUCGUCGGGACCAAGAGAUUUAAAUUUGACGUCUGGUCUAAUGACGUUAAUUUGGCUAAUAAAUUGGAGAGUACGGGAAAACCUGGAAGAGUUCAUAUCAGCGAGAAGACUUUCAGUUUUUUGGGCGAUGAAUAUCUGACUGAGGAAGGUGAUAACGUCAAGGGAAUUAAGACUUACUUCAUCAAGGCACGAAAAGUUGAUUUUCUCAAUGAAUUUAUAACAAAUGUAACGUCGCCUGCGAGCAUAUCGCCAUUGAUAAACGCUCGGCAUCGACUAGCUUCCUACAAUCAAUCAAAAUCAAAACAUUAUCUCCACAUGGUGACAAAUCCGAAUAAUUAUAAAAUAAAAGCAAAUUCUUUGCCGAGUAUUCUUGACUCUGAAAAUGAUUAUGAUGAACAAGUCAAUGACAAUGACAAUGAUAAUGAUAAGAAGGAAGAUGUCAACAAAAGUCCGCUGUCGACAGCCAGCUGCGGUAAGAAAAAGACCCGUAGACCCUGGAGAUAUUUGCACAGGCAACGGACUACUGGUGACAUGGACACUAGACCUGUGGAAGUUAAACCGGAGCUCGAAGCUGAACACAAUGGAUUUAAUGGAGUUGUUGUUGACGGGAUAGAAAUGGAUCCAAAUCCUGCGCCAGCCAGUCCGCUGUUACCUCGCGAUGAUGUUAUGAGCCACUCGUCGUCCAUUUGUAGUAGAAAGGACUCGGGGAUACGAAGUAAUAGUCGCAGAAGUAGCAUACAGCAGCAGCUGUUUCUCAUGAAUGGAAUAGCACAGGGAGAUUUACUAGGUCAUCGGGUCAGUGGUUACUAUACAUCAAGUUCAACAUUAAAUUCACUUCAAGAUCCUCCAUCAUCAGCACCUAAUUUUCCAUUUCCUCCAAUACUUACUGACACAUUUGGCGUCUGCUUUCAUAAACUACGCAAACAGUCUGAUCUUCAACUGAUAAGAUGCGUGCAGGACAACGUAAGCUCUCAGAGUUCGUACUUCGUGACUCCACCCCUGUCGACAGUGACCCUCUUCUUCAAGAACAAAGAAAUGGAAAAAGAGUACCGGGAGAACGCGCACAAGGCAUCUGAAGCCUUGGGCGAUAGUCCGCCGACCCUAGCAACCGCGAGGUUCAACACCUACUUCGACAUUCUGGUAUCCGCCCUAGUCUACACAGCGAUCACCGCCUCGUUGUUUCUUCUCUGCAAGCCAACGAAUUACUUCAUAGUCUUUAGCGUGGUCGCAACUCUGAUGCAAAUCCUCGUGGUCGUGCUCUGCAUCCGGCAACUAGUAGAUCCCAACUCAAUUUACGCAACUUACACCCAAAUGAUAUUCAAAUUCUUUACGAGAUGGUACCCCUGGCAUGGCUGCGGUGCGCUACUAGUUGGCCUGCCGAUAAUAUCGAUCCUACUCAACUUAACUUGCAACAACAACUACCGCGCGACGCUAAUUGAUUUCGAAUAUUACUACAGCUACCUCAUGUUCGUCGGGUUGAUACAUUUCUGUAACUUUACCCAGUUAAAUUGCUGGAUGAAAAAUUUUCUCGUAACUUUAUCAGCAGUACUAUUUAUUACGCUUGUUAUCAGUAAUAUUACUGUCAGUACAUAUCUCAUUAAAAAUGAUAUUUAUUUACACAAUAAAUCAAUCAACGGAUUUUAUAACUCAAAAAUGAAUCUCAGUAUAAAUGAAAUAAAAAGAUUACCGCGAAAUAUUAUAUCUGAUAAUCCAGUACCAAUAGUGCCUGUACCAAAUGAUAUUGAUCAAUUUACUGAUAAAAUAUUACUGACAACAACCACUCAAAGUAUAUUAAUUGUUAAUGAAUCGACAACAGUACCAACGACAACUAUAAAGUCACCUGAAGAAAUAAUAAUAUCAUAUAGAUCUGAAUCAUACAAUGAACGUUUGUACAAACAAGAAAUAUUUCUUGAUAUUAUAUUGCUAUUAUUUUUGGUCUGGUUCUUGAACCGCGAGUUCGAAAUAAGCUACCGGUUGAGUUUUCACGGUAACGCAGUCGCCGCGGGUGACAAAACGCGAGUCCAGGCAAUGAAAAAUCAGGCCGACUGGUUACUGCAUAACAUAAUACCGAAAUAUGUCGCCGAUCAAUUAAAAACGACUGCCAAGUACUCGCAGAAUCACAAAGCCGUGGGUAUUAUAUUUGCGAGUAUUGUUAACUUCAAUGAACUGUAUGACGAAUCUUAUUUGGGAGGCAAAGAGUAUCUGAGAGUACUCAACGAACUGAUUGGGGACUUUGACGAGUUGCUCGAGAAACCCGAGUUCAGUAACGUUGAAAAAAUAAAGACUAUUGGCAGCACUUUUAUGGCAGCAAGUGGACUAAAUCCCCAGGUCAGGCAGCAAAAUGACCAUGAGAAUUGUCACUUGUUUCAGCUCAUUGACUUUGCAGUCGCGAUGCAAAAGGUUAUUUAUGAUUUUAACAGAGAUCUGUUGGGUUUUAAAUUGAUAUUGAGGGUGGGUUUUAACUACGGAGACGUUACUGCCGGGGUCAUUGGCGCCACUAAACUUUAUUACGACAUUUGGGGCGACGCGGUUAAUAUCGCGUCCAGAAUGGACUCUACCGGAGUUCCGGGAAGGAUUCAGUUCGCGAGCAACUGCGUGGAUGUUCUGGAUGAGAAGUACAAAUUUGAACCCCGCGGUCAGGUUUAUGUCAAAGGGAAAGAUAAUAUGGACGUUUUCCUGCUGAUUGGAAAAAAGGAAGAUAUUAAUGGGACUGGGGUUAUUUGAGGUUCGGAGAGACCUUCGGAUUACCGGAGGAACUCGGUUUUCAAGUACGUCAAGGUUAAACUUGAUCAAGCUGGGAUACUUAUGUAUUUAUGUGUAGGUAGCAGACAUUUUGUUAAAGAAGAAUUUGUUUAAUAUUUUAUGAGCAGUUUUCCUGCAACGGGUGUCGUUUAGUUUUUCUUUAUUAAUUAUUUUUUAUUCUAUUGGGAAUCAAAGGUUGUAAAUAAGUCUUGUAAUUUUAAAUAAACAGUUUAAAUAAUAACUGGCGAAAUAUUAACAAGAUUGAAAUUCAAGAUGGUGGUACCAUUGAUAAAGAUUAUUUAUAAAAUCAUACUUUAGUACACUUGAAGCAGAUCUGUACGGAAAUUUUUGUAAAACACGUUUGGAAGAUAAUGUAAAAUAUGCCUGCAGAGGUUCGCAUGUAAAAUCAUUUUUUUUGGUACCAUCUGGAGGCAUACUAUGAAAUAUUUUUCGCGCAUGAGUUACGAAUAAUAAUUUUUUACUGCUCAAGACUUUAAAUAAAUUAGGGACUAUCUUUAAAGUGUAAAACUUGUUUAUGCUUUGUAUUAAGAAAUUAUUAUAAACUUCUCCUGGAGAGAGAAUGAACUUCAGAAGUCUCCCACUACCGAACAUUUCUAAACUACGCAUGUAAAAAAAAAGUGGGUUUACUCGAAGAUUUAAAAAAUGAUAGUCUAUGACUGCUAAAUAAACGAUAAAUACAAUAUAGAGUAAUUAUAUUAAUUAAAUGAUAUUUAUUUUGAGAUAUUAUAUUUUUGAAGGAAAAAAUUUAUGUUUAAGUGGAUAAAUUUUUAUUAUUUUAUAAAUAUUUAAUCCGCUUAUUUCAAGUACAAAAUACGAGAGAGUUAUUAAUAUUUAUAGUUAUAGUUAUAUAUUUUUUUGUUUUAUUUAUUUUAUCAAUUAGUACAUGUAUGUUAAUUUAAAAUCUCUCGUAUCGCAACGUGCACAAGAUUACGAAACAAAAAAAAAAUAUUCAUCGAACUACAGAAAAAAAGUUAAUUUUCCUAUGGAAUUAUUGCCGUAUUUUAUUAUCAGUCUUAUAUAUCUUUUUGUAUACUUAUAUAAUACAAUACUUUUUAAAAAGUAAAUACAUAUAUGUAAUAAAUUUCGCUGUACAGUGAAGCAUUCCAGCAAAAUCGUGAUCACUAAAUAAAAAAAAAAAAUUAUUAUAAAAAAUGUCUAAAAAUAAAUUCGUGCCAUAAAUAAAUUUUUUUAGGUAAAAAAAUUGUAUACGUGUUCAUAUCACAAUCAAUAAAUAAUAAGUAUGUUAAUAAAUAAGUGCCUGUGUUGCCGAAAAAUAUGAAUAUUAUGAUAUUUCUAUCAACACUCCAAAGAACUAAUAAUAGUUAUAAUGAAUUAUUAUUAUAUUGCAUUUUUUUACAUGCCAGUUGAACAAUUAUUGCCUUAUAUUUUAUAAAAAUUAUUCAUCUACGAUAAAUGUUUAUAUUUUUAUUGAUAUUAAUUAAUACUAUUAUUUUAUUGUACUUUCCUAUUUAACUCAGGGGUGAUUUGCCCAUAUCUCAAAUAGAGUUUUAAUAAAUUUAUAUAUAUAUAUAAAUAUUAUAUAUUAUAUCAAUCAGGUAUUACAGCCAUCACACUAUAUGUCAUUCUCUUUAUAAAAUAUUAUAAUCGAAAUACAUAAUACAAGCUCUGAUACUAAAGUUCAGAAGAUAUACGCCGUAUUUAAAACUAUGAAAUGUAAUGAACCGAUUUUAUUGUUACUCAUAUUUUGUCAGCUUUGAAUAAAUAAUUUUAAAUUUAAUUGUUGGUGUGUAAAACUCUAUUGGAAUGGUGACACGACCGAUGAUCCGAGGACAAUUGAUCCGUCGAUAAAAUGCGUGUAGCAUGAAAAAUUACGCCCUUUUUUCACUAAUUUGUGUGUGAGUAUAUUUUUUAUGUUACACGCAUUUUAUCGACGGAUCAAUCGUCGCAAGGAUCAAUUGUCGCGGAUCAACGGUCAGGUAAUCAUUGGAAUUGUUAUAAUUAUAAAAAUGUGUUUUGUUUGUAAUUAAUUAUUGUCACUCUAAGGCUUGCAUAUUGAUAUUUAUAAUAAAAA